CACGCCUUUAAGGCCAAGUUUAUUCACCUCACUAAGCUUAAGCUUUCUUUUUUUAGCAAAUCGUCAUGAAACGCUUGCAACGCAUGGUGGAGACGGAAUGCGGUGAAGAAGCCCAGACCAACCUGGACACCGGCGUUUUGACAGCUAUGAGGGCACUGUGCGCGGCCUUAGAACGCAAGAGGCCUGACGCGUUCAGACACGUAGCCCGUCAGGCCACACGGGCGCCUUCUACAAUGCUGCGCUCGGACACAGCACUAGCAGAACUUGCGCUGGCGCUUGCACGGCGCAUCACUAGGGAUAACCUCACUUGGUCCAAGAUUGCUGCGGUGUUUUGCAUUUGUGGAGCGCUGGCUCGCGAGGCGGCCGAGGCGGCGAAUGGGGAGCCGCCGUUGGAGCUGGUGGCAGCGCCGGCGGCGGCCAUCGCGGACCUCCUGCACGAGGAGCCUGGCUCCUGGGUCGCGGCUCGUGGAGGCUGGGAGGGUCUCAUCGAGCGCCUCAAAGCCAGCGAGCGCGACCACCGCUCUGAGAAGGCGCUCCGAGUGAUGGUGAUUUUCUUCGUGGUGGCCUGCUUAUUGCUGCUAUUCCUGCGAUGGGUGCUGCGCGGUCACCCGAACUACCGACUAUGACGCUACUAGUAUUAAACACAGGGGCUUUGGGGUUUAUCCCAAUCGAACCAUAAACAACAAUCAGUUAAAUUCUCAAAUCUAAAUCGACCGGACCGUAAUUUCAAAGGAUGCUCAACGUCCUUAUUGCCGUGUAACGAGGUUCACUAAACAGCUUCAUUUCAGUUUCCAAUGCGAUUUUUUUUCCGCAUUUUAAAGUGACAUUAGCAUUUCCCGGUUCAUCCAGACAGUUCGAUUGAUCUACUUAAAUAUCGAGAAUGUAGCUGGUUAAUUAACUAUGAAAGUAUUAAGUAGGUAUGUUAAGAUAUCAAUAAAAACAUUUAUUUUA